GACACGCCGGUGCCGGUGGCGGUGACACGCCGGUGCCGGUGCCGGUGGCGGUGCCGGUGGCGGUGGCGGCGGGGCGGCGCCAGGCCCGGCGGGCGCGGAGCGGAGCCCGCGGCUCCCGCGGCUCCCGCGGCUCCCGGUCCCCGCCGCUGCUGCGCCUUUAACGCGGCGGCCCCGCCGCCUCCCCCGCGGCCCCGGCGGCGCUCGGCGGCGAUGGCGGAGUCCGGCGGGGCCGAGUUCGGCGCGGAGCGGCCGAGCAGCAUGGCUGACAAGAACAGCACCCUGAAAUGCACGUUCUCUGCUCCUGGCCACAGCACCACGCUGCUGCAGGGACUGGCCUCGCUCCGAGCCCAGGCUCAGCUGCUUGAUGUCAUCCUCACUAUAAAUAAUGAAGUGUUUCAGGUUCAUAAAGUUGUCUUGGCUGCCUGCAGUGACUAUUUCAGGGCGAUGUUCACGGGCGGGAUGAGAGAGGCCAGCCAGGACGUGAUCGAGCUCAAGGGCGUGUCCGCCAAGGGCCUGAAGCACAUCAUCGACUUCGCCUACAGCGCCGAGGUGACGCUGGACCUCGACUGCAUCCAGGACGUGCUGGGAGCCGCCGUCUUCCUGCAGAUGGUGCCCGUGGUGGAGCUGUGCGAGGAGUUCCUCAAGUCGGCCAUGAGCGUGGAGACGUGCCUCAACAUCGGCCAGAUGGCCACCACCUUCAGCCUGGCCUCCCUCAAGGAAUCCGUGGACGCCUUCACCUUCAGGCACUUCCUGCAGAUCUCCGAGGAGGAGGACUUCCUCCACCUGCCCCUGGAGCGCCUGGUGUUCUUCCUGCAGAGCAACAAGCUCAAGAGCUGCAGCGAGAUCGAGCUGUUCCGCGCCGCCGUGCGCUGGCUGCAGUUCGACCCGGCGCGCCGCGCCGGCGCCAGCCAGGUGCUGCGCCACAUCCGCUUCCCGCUGAUGAAAUCCUCGGAGCUGGUGGACAGCGUGCAGACCCUGGACAUCAUGGUGGAGGACGUGCUGUGCCGCCAGUACCUGCUGGAGGCCUUCAACUACCAGAUCCUGCCCUUCCGGCAGCACGAGAUGCAGUCGCCGCGCACGGCCGUGCGCUCGGACGUGCUGUCCCUCGUCACCUUCGGUGGCACGCCCUACACCGACAACGACCGCACCGUCAGCUCCAAGGUGUUCUGCCUGCCCGACGCCGGCGGCCGCCAGUUCCGCCAGCUCACCGAGAUGGAGGUGGGCAGCAGCCACUCCUGCGUGGCCGUGCUGGACAACUUCGUCUACCUGGUUGGGGGCCAGCAGCUGCAGUACCGCAGCGGGGAGGGCGCCGUGGACGUGUCCUACCGCUACGACCCCCACCUCAACCAGUGGCUGCGCAUCCAGGCCAUGCAGGAGAGCAGGAUCCAGUUCCAGCUCAACGUGCUGCGCGGCAUGGUGUACGCCACGGGCGGCCGCAACCGCUCGGGCAGCCUGGCCUCGGUGGAGAAGUACAGCCCCAAGGACAACGAGUGGAGCUACGUGUGCUCGCUGAAGCGCAGGACGUGGGGCCACGCCGGCGCCACGGCGGGCGACAGGCUCUACAUCUCGGGGGGCUACGGCAUCUCCGUGGAGGACAAGAAGGCGCUGCACUGUUACGACCCCGCCGCCGACCAGUGGGAGUUUAAGAGCCCCAUGAACGAGCCCAGGGUGCUGCACGCCAUGGUGGGCUCCGGGGGCAGGAUUUACGCCCUGGGGGGACGCAUGGACCACGUGGAUCGGUGCUUUGAUGUCCUGGCCGUGGAGUAUUACGUGCCCGAGACGGACCAGUGGACCACGGUGAGCCCGAUGCGCGCGGGGCAGUCGGAGGCCGGCUGCUGCCUCCUGGAGAAGAAGAUUUACAUCGUGGGCGGCUACAACUGGCACCUGAACAACGUCACCAGCAUCGUGCAGGUCUACAACACCGAGACGGACGAGUGGGAGAGGGACCUGCACUUCCCUGAGUCUUUUGCUGGCAUUGCCUGUGCCCCUGUCAUCCUCCCGCAGGUGACGGGACAGAGGUGACUCCGGGGCUGUGGGACAGAGAAGGAGGAACAGCCCCGGGCUCCCUGCUCCAGAAAGUUCCUCCUGCUGCCUGGGGAGUCCUGGUGGAGCAGCUCCAUCGGCAGCACAGGCGGGCUGAGCAGAUUUUACAACUGGGAAAAGCUUUUCCCUCCUCUCCCUCUCGUUUAUUUUCUGGUGGGGGUUGUUGCAUUUCGCCAACUUCUCGUGUUUUUACACAAAUGUCGGCGGCUCAGGAGUCACUCAGCACUGGGGUCUUGUUUCCAAGAGAUCAGGUAGGGUCGUUUUAUUUUUAUCAAUAGCUCCAAAAAUAAAAGAAAAUCGUCCUGCGUCGCUUUGUCGGUUUUUUAGGAAAAAAAGAAACUAAACCAAACCAAAACCUGUGUAACACACUGACCUCCAGAAGCAAUAAAAGGACAGGGGGAGCUACGAGAGCUCAGGUGCUUGGAUUAGGAAAGCAGAGCCCUGUUUUUCAAAGGUGGCUUUUCCUUUUUUUCCCUUCCUGCAGAAGGGAAUGUUUAUCCCUGCACACCUCUGGCCUUCGCUGCUUGGAUCUCGCUGCAAAUCCUCGCCCCCUCCGGCUCCCCUAGUGCAGAAAUUCUCCCUUAAUUGGGGCGUGCAGAGUUUGCAGCACUAAAGCCAUGGUGAAAGCUUGAUUAUAUAUAAACAGGCAUGAUUAUUUGGGUUUAGAAGUGCCAAAAAAUCUGGCUACCCUGGCAAUAAGAGCUCUGCAGUCGUCCAUGAGUGAAGCCAAGAGCUCCUGCAGAUCCUGGGUCAGGAUUUUCACCUUUCCCAGCACCUCCAUCCCGACUCUUGCUCCAGGAAAGGAGGUGGGUGCUACUCCUGCAGCAGCUGGAAGGUUUUCUUCCCUGCCAUGUGAACGAGCUGCUCAGCAUCCCAAAGUGAUGGGAGUCCCAGUGGAAUGUGGUUUUGUUGCUGUGGUGGUGUUUUGAAUUAAGAGAUUGGUUUGAGAUGGCGCUGUCAUUUUUGUGAAAUCUUCACUGCACAGGACACUUCCUGAACUUUCCUCUCCUCCAAGCCAUUUUCCUUAUUUAAUUUGACGAAUGAAUUGCAGAAAUCUCUGUUUUUAUCAGGAAUUCCGUUUCCAAGGGCUUCGUUUUGUAUCUGUGUCAGCUUGAUUUGGAUGCACACCGUCUCCUUUUGUAGAGAAGCUGUUGCAUUCUGCUGUGAAAUAAAUCCUGGGCUGCAACCUUUAGUGACAACUCGUGAUGUGUGGUGUGCUGAUGAAUCCUUGAGGGCUCUGUGUGAAGCAGGAACUCCACACCUUGGAGAUUUUUCUGGAAUUCUUGGGAUCAGAGCUCCUCUGGGUAGGGUGCAUUCUGAAUUUCAGAUAAAAGCCGUGCAGGAUCUCCUCCCUUCCUCUCCAUUUGCUGGCCUGCCAAUAAUAAAUCGAUAAAAGGGACAUGUUGCUGUGUGGAAUGCUGCACUUGGAGGGUGCUCAGGCACUUCAUUCACUCCUUUUCUCUGCUCCUUUGGCCUGGGACGGGCUUGGCAGAGGCAGGAGAUGCUGACAGGAUGAGCUGGAGCUCAGUUCCAGCUUCACAGUUAACAAAAGAGUGGAUUUUCCUCGCUGAACGCUUCCACAUGUCGAUAAAAAUGAUAUUUCUCAGGUUGGUAGCACAGGGAGGGGUUCCUCCCUUUCCCACGUGCAAGAAUCCUCUUCUGAGGGGGUCAUUCCUUCACCCAGAGCCACAGGCAGGGGGUUAGGUGGGAUAUUCGGGAUAAAUCCUUCUCUGGAGGGGUUCCCAGAGAAGCUGUGCAUCCCUGGCAGUGUCCAAGGCCAGCCUGGAGCCACCGGGGACAGCACAAAGUGUCCCCAUGGCAGGGCUGGCACUGGAUGGGCUUGAAGGUCCCUCCCAACCCAACCCACUCCGGGAUUCCGUGGUUCUGUAGCACUCAGGUGUUCUUCCCUGUUUUAUUUCAAAUUUCCCCGGCUCCUGUGGCAGCAGGGGAUGGUUUGGGUGCUCUCCAACCCCUGAGUGUGGUUCCCACCCCGCACACGCCCGGAAUCUGUGUGGAGACCACCCCUGGAAUCUCCUCCUGAGGAAACCAAGGCUGCCUUUUCCCCUCAGCCCCUCAGGUAGGUGUGGGUGUGCUGGGGGGAGAGAGGAAAAUCCUUGGAAAACACAGAAAAGCCUGCCUGGUCUCCCUUUCAAGGACAACCUUGCCAAAAUAAAUCCAGGUAUUCAUUCCUGUUGGAAGCGUUGCAUUGCAGACAGGAGGAUGCACAAAGCCCUUCUGGAAUUCUAUUUAUUAAACGAUUGCUUGCCAUGAAGGAAAACUCACCUGGGAUUCCCAUUCCCAUUCCCAUUCCCAUUCCCAUU